AUGGACGAUAUUUGGGACGAAGAAGCAAACGACGAUGAAGUGAUGCGUCUGACAACGAAAAAGCAUGAAAAUCAAAUCAAAACAGAAAGCUUCAAACUUGGAAUGGAAUUGAAUGCGGAGGAAGAGAUGCAGAAAGGGUUCAAUUCUGGUUUUGAAACUGCCGCAAAACUGACGAAAACGCUCGGCGAAGCAAAGGGGAUUCUGACGGCGACGAUGGUAAUUUUAAACGUACAGAAAAUGCAAGUCCCUGUCGAGAUUUCUUCUAAUAUUGCGAAGAUCGACGAAAAAAUGGAAGAUAUUAGGAUUUCGUUGAAUUCUUUAACUGAAAAAACAUGUAAUGACCUGCUCGAGAAUGCGAUUUCGAUAAGAAAUAAAUAUGCAAAUGAUUAA